UAUUGUUUUGUACUUUAACAAAUGCAGUUUGCGAGAUACGUAAAUCCUAUUGCUUGUAAAUACUAACAUUAACUUUGUAAUUUUUGCAGUGUGUUAAGCCGCUAGAUGGCCAUUGGUUAACUGGAGCGAAGCAAAUUCUUUUUACUGAUUUUGCACAUGAUGUCAUGCUGCUCUUGCCUCGCGCAGAGUGGAGUAGAGGAGGCAUACACAGAGCUAGGACUACACCGUGAAACGACUCGCGCAGUAGUUACGGAGAUGAAGAUUUUUUUCAGAACCGGAGAGCCAGUUUUCCCCGAGUUUGUAUUGUGCGCCGUAGAUGUUGAUGUGUUCUACUCCCUGGGUCGUAACUGGAAGCAUUUGGAUUUAUUUGAUGGAAGAAAUAAUUUUCCAGACAAGAAAAUACAACAGAAACUGAAGCCUGCUAAAUGAGUCUUCUGAUGAAACCCCCACUGAUGUCAAGGUAUUGGAAUCAAAAAAGCUCAGAUAACUUGGAUUAGUACUAGGAACGUUUCUGUGGUAGCACAAUACGAUGCCACCACAGGGGGUUGGAGAGUAUAAACCAGUUUCGGACUCGGACAUUCCCCCAGUACCUCCUCACAACGUUCGGAACACAGAUUUUCCGUCGGAGUCGAAGUUUGGCUCUGGAUGUGAGCACAAAGUUAAAUGCGUUCUCGUUGGGGAUGGCGCGGUUGGCAAGACCAGUCUUAUUGUCAGCUAUACAACAAACGGAUAUCCAACGGAGUACAUCCCUACUGCUUUUGAUAACUUUGCAGCGGUGGUAGCAGUUGAUGGAAAGCCUGUGAAACUUCAGCUCUGUGACACAGCUGGCCAGGACGAGUUUGACAAGCUGAGGCCUCUCUGCUACACCAACGCUGACAUCUUCCUCCUCUGCUUCAGUGUGGUCAGCCCCUCCUCCUUCCAGAACGUCUCGGAGAAGUGGGUGCCCGAGAUCCGCCGGCACUGCCCAUGGGCACCUGUGGUGCUGGUGGGCACCCAGUCGGACUUACGUGAGGAUGUCAACGUCCUGAUCGAGCUGGCCAAGUACAAAGAGAGGCCUGUGGACCAACAGGAAGCCCAGCUGUGCGCCCAAGGCAUCAGGGCCGUCUCCUACAUGGAGUGCUCGGCACUGACCCAGAAGAACCUCAAGGACGUCUUCGACGCCGCCAUCAUGGCGAGCAUCCAACAUGCCGACAGCCAGCAGCAGCAACACUUGAGGAAGCAGACUCCUGAUAAGAUGAAGAACCUCUCCAAGUCCUGGUGGGAAAAGUACUGCUGCUUCUUGUAGCCAUGCUCAUAGCGGAAGGAAGCUGGGUGAGAGUGAGGGGAAGGUUGUUUGCGGAAAGUUGUGUUGCCUUGCACGCGAUGAGAACUCACAUUUGAGGACAGGCCUCAGGAAGGUUCAUGCUGAUUAUUAGUAGAAUUGGACAGCCUUUGGGUGGGCUGCCUGUUAUUUCUGCCUCUUUCAACUUUUGAGAAGCGGAGAGCACUCACUAAUAUCACCCUGUUGAACUGCCCGUGUUAUGAGCUGCUGUGGUAAUUGGAUCACUUGUAUGGAUGACUGUGGAUUGCAAAAAUCUCACUCUAUCAAAUACAGAUCAAUGUUUUGCUUAUCUAGAAUUGUGUGGAUCGAGACAAAGGCAUCACUGCUGUUAUCCUCUGUUUUCACCACCUUGGAUUGGAGUGGGAGGGGCAGGACUCAGCUGUGACACAUUAGUGAGGCUAGCCUGUUAAGCUGCAAAGUACAGGGUUAUUCCCUCACCUCUUUAAAAUAGUGCCUGUGGUGAAAAGCAAGUUGAAAUUGCAUUUCUAGUGAAUGUAAGCCAGAAGCCAUGGAAAGCCAUUUAAUUUUGUGUUUCUUUUAUUGCAUCUCAGUCCCUGUACAGUCCAUCAAUCAGGUUCUUUUCAGAUUGUUGUUUGCAUGGCUGUCAGUAAAUCAGAAUAUACAGUGCUUUUUCAUUCUAGGUAGUUGUGCUUUACCGCUCCAUAAAUAGUUCCCAAAAUGUCAUCUAUGGCCUUUUAAUCGACUAACAAGUUUUUGAGUUGGGCUACUGUUAAUGAGGAGAGUCAUGAAAGCAUUAAUGAAGCCAAGGCUAAAUGAAUACAACCUCAACAAAGUUGCGCAUUGUGGAUUUUUCACUUGUUUGGCUCUUGGUGCUCGCUCUGAAAGCAUUUCAGGUCUUGCUCUCGAAGCUUGUGAGCGUGCUCUUCUUGACCACCUGUUGGGCCCAGGACACAGAAACCCAGGCAAGGUUUUUCACUGGUUUGGAAGGGAAAUGAGAAUAUCAUUUUCAGAACUCUAUAUAAAUAAUAUUUAUUCAGCUUGAUACCAUCUUCAAAGGAAACCACUGGAGCAUCUCAUAUGAUCAGACUUCUUUGUCAUAUCAUGAAAUACUGUUUAUAUCACACGUAUGUAUAUUGCAGGGAUCAGUUUAAACUUAUUUAACCCCUUCGCACAAGCCCUCUAGUGACGCCGGCGUCCGGAGAUUGCUCAACUUUCAGAUUGCUCAACAAACAUUUUUUGUUUCUGCAACCAUUCUACAAGUAGAAAUGACAAACUCUGUGUUCUAGCCUUAUGAGUACACGAUACGUUACAACGCUGCCAAAUGUGGAGCUUAAAAUUGCCACCAUUGUUGCAUAGUUUGUCCAUUUAACUUGCACCCACAGCCAGGUCUCAUCUGCUACUAUACUGACCACAAAUGGCAAAGUGGACAAUAGGGUUUAUCUAGGAGUUCAUAAAAAUAUUCUUUCAGCACUAAAAAUUUGUAUUCCAUUAUAGCAACAAGAUAAAGCCAACAGUACCCUGAAAGUAUUGCAAAACAGUGUUGAUAAACAUUGUUCGCUUAACAGCAAAAUGAACCAGUGAAUUGUAAUUAUACCAUUUUGUUCUACUGUUAAUAUCAGCUACUAAAUAUGGAAUAAAUACAAAUACGUUGGUUUUA